UGUCUCCAGAGAGGCGCCGGCAACACAGCCUCGGGCUCAGAGCAAAGGGUCCCCGCUCCCAACCCCUGCCACCCCGGGUCUUGCAACAUCGUCUCCACCUUCCUCCUGCGUCCUGGGGUGGGACGUCCUGAGCUUGCACAGACAACCCGGGUCCCCCAGCCAGGAGCCUGCACGGACACCUCCCGUCUGACCCCGAGCCGGAGGCGCACAUCCACCGAAGGAUGGGUUCUGCUGCAAGGAGAUGGGUCUACCUUCCCCUGGGCUGCAUCAUGCUGUUCAAUCUCACAAAUGCUGACUUUGAAUUUCAAAAGGGAGUGCUAGCCAGCAUCAGUCCGGGCAUCACAGAAGAUGUAGAUCUGCAGUGCUGGAACACAUGCUCUCUGACACUGAUAGACCUCAAGGAACUCAAGAUAGAGCACAACGUGGAUGCCUUCUGGAAUUUCAUGUUGUUCUUGCAAAAAUCUCAGCGGCCUGGGCAUUACAGCAUCUUUUUAAACAUAGCCCAAGACUUCUGGGAUAUGUACAUAGACUGUUUGCUUUCAAGGUCUCACGGAAUGGGCAGAAGACAGGUGGUAUCUUCCAAGUAUAAUUUUCCACAGAAAAUGACAAGAGGUGAUUUGAAGGUAUACCUACGGAAGUAGUGAUGUGGCUUUAUUAAAAAUUUGAUAUUUAGUCCUUCUGAUUAUUUCAGGCUUAUCAAAUAAGCUAGCAAACUUGCCAUGUUUAGUUUUUUUAUAUAUAUAUAUUUUUCAUUUUCACAUUAUUUAGAAAUCAGGAGAGUGCUUGAUUAUAAAUGAUCUUGGAAUAUAUACAUUGCUAGAUCAUUAAAGUCAUCUUAUUGUUUCCCCAUGAGUAGUUCAUAAGAAAGCCAUAUAGUUCUGUAUCUAUUCAUAUUGUAUGACUUAAAUAUCAGGCAUGUUGUAGCCUUUUGAACAAAACAUUUUCAAUUGGGUUGCAUAGAAGAAUGAAAUCUUAUAUUAAGAAAUAUUAAUUUCCCUUAAUUCUAUAGAAAUAGAUAAUAAAAUAUGUUUUACAUUUAGGAAGAAAAACACAAAAAAUACCUCAAGCAAGAUGCCAACUGAAAGCAUAAUCCUAUUAGUACUUGUCAAGUCCUGUUAUAAUUAAAAUUAUGAUUUCCAGUCCCUUAAUCUGGUGGUUUUCUUUCUCUAGAUAUAUAAUUGCUUUAUUGACAGUGAUUGGAUUAUUUGCAAAUAUUUAAGUGAUUUGUCAAUAAUUUGUUAUUUAAAAAGCAUUUUGUCAAGUUGUCUUUGUUUGAAAUACUACUUCAAAUGAAAAUAUGAUUUUGUUAAACUAUUCAGUAGAGUGAAGUCAUAAUCAAUUUUAUAAAGUAUCUGGUACCCUAAUAUUGACUUUAAAACUAUUCCCCAACUAAAUGCCAGUAUCUAAAAGUGAUAUUUAAUCUUGGUGUAAUGUUCUCUUUGCCUUCUGAAAUAACA